AUGGCUCCAUUCUCCUUUUCCAUGCCUCACCUCUGCGAAAGCGACAACGAUUGGCCCUCCGAUCUUAUGUCUAUCGAUGAAAGCUCGGAUCACAGCAGCGUAACGGUAGAAAAUGACCCAGACCGGGUGUUGAACAUCCAGACGGGAAUUCGAUCAGGCCCUCUUUUUGAAAACAAUCCUACACCCGCUGAGUUCGAUGAAAUUAUUGAGCUCGACUCAGACACUGAGGAGGGCUUCAAUGAACAAGACUACCUGACCGACGCUGCGUUCAAUCGGCUACUACAAAACUGGCACAGAGCCCCCCAAGGACAAGAUGCUGAUGCCGAGGUGCAGUUCAUUGAUGUCCAACCAGCCAAGCGUCCUCUAACAGAAUGGUGCGCGAAUGGCAUUGUCUACACACCGGGGCAAUCCCUAGAAAUUUUUGAUGGAAAUUUUAUCCGGAUAGAGAGCAUAUCCCAGCACGUUGUGUCUAAGGAGAUCUUCUUCAAUGGGAGGCACUUAUUGCGUGCUACCAACCACAAGGGCACAUAUAUCCCCAAGUGGCCCAACGAGCUCAUUUGGAUAGCAAAUGAGAAAAGAAAUAUCGGACUGCCAUUGAUUAAGCGCAUUGUAAAUAUCACUUUCACGAAUACCUGCCAUGUGGAGCAUGAUCCCCGGAAGAAGCAGCGUCCUCACGGUCUGUUCUGCAGGCUGAAGGAGAACUACCGCCUGAAGCCAGAUGAUCCAGCAUCAGUUGAAUACAUCUCCUUCGAGGAGGCAGAUGAAGGGUAUAGGGCUCAUCCCAGCAGUCUACGCAAGGCGUGGAGAGGAACUACCCGUCCUUUUGGAGCGAGUGAUGCCCCGCAGGCCAUCGAUCUCGAGGGACCUGUAAUUGAUCUGACUGGACAAAGUACCGACGAUAAAAGCAGUCGGCAGUACACGUUUGGAGACGGCUUCUGCGGUGCUGGCGGAGUGUCCUGCGGCGCUCUCAAAGCUGGUUUGCGUCCAACCUGGGCAUUUGAUAAUUCCAGACACGCGAUAAAUACCUACCGUCUCAAUUUCCGUGAUGCCGAGUGCGAAGACUCGGAUGUCUUCACCUUUUUGACGAACGAUUAUGCGUUUCUCAAAGUUGAUGUUACGCAUGGGUCUCCGCCAUGCCAAACCUUUUCCCCAGCUAAGACCAUACAGUGCGCUACAGACGAUGCAAAUUCCGCAUGCAUCUUUUCGUGCGCCGAGAUGAUUCGGAAAGCAAAGCCGAGGGUACAUACGAUGGAAGAAACAAGUGGGUUGUACGAGCGGCAUCGAGAGACAUUUCACCGUGUGGUUCAGGAUUUUAUUGAAAUCGGUUACUCUGUGCGGUGGACAAUUCUGAAAUGUGCAGAUUAUGGAGUGCCACAGCUGCGACGACGAUUGGUAAUCAUUGCAUCUGGCCCUGGAGAGACACUCCCACCGUUUCCUGAAGCAACGCAUGGGCUACCUGGUUCCGGCCUCAGGGACUACGUGACGAUUAACCAGGUCAUUUCACGCAUCCCCCGCGGAGCCCCUGACCACGAUGUCGAAGGCGCGCUGCAACGUAGCGCGAUUGACCGAAGACCUUUUAACGCCAACAGACAGGCACGAACUAUUACCUGUGGCGGCGGCGAGAAUUAUCACCCCUCGGGCCGACGAGGCUUCACCAACAGGGAGUUUGCGUGCCUGCAGACUUUCCCUAUGCGUUUCCGCUUCGGGCCUCGCGAGGUACGAAAACAAAUUGGCAACGCAGUGCCGCCGAAGUUGGCAGAAGCUAUUUAUCGUAGUGUGAAAGCCUCGCUGCAGCGAACAGAUGAGGAGGAGACAAAUCUUCAGCGGCGAGGGCUACACUAA